UGACGUUAGGGGUGGAGAAGGGGAUUGUUCAUAAUCAUAAUGAACUGACGUCAUGAUUGGCAGUAGCCUUUGUCUGAGACAUAAUAUUGAUGAAGUCUUGGAACUGAAUGCUUAAUUUUGUAUUCAUGCUCGACCACAAUUUGAAAGGUCAAGUAACGUAUCCUGUUCAUUGAAUGAAGGUCGUGUUUUUAAGAGUAGCAACCAGCAGGACAUGUCCAGUUUGAAACGCACACAAUGCGGCUGUGGGUUGACCACAACGAUGCGAUCGCGUAAAGUGUGUUACGACGACUACAACAGUAAGUUCUGGGUGGAGUCGCGGCUGGAAGCCCUAGAGAGACAGUGUGCGGCGCGAAUGCCCGACAUCGCAGUUCUAAACAAAUAUCAGGACAAUAGGUACAGCGUGAUGGAAAGACAACUCGAGGCGGAGAGGAGGAGGUUUUACAGAAAAAACUUGGUUGUAUUUAAUAAACACAAACAAAAUCUGAUAGACCACGUUGCUUAUAAACGUGUUCUUUUUCAAAAGACGUUGGAAAACAAUCGUGCAAAAUCUGAAUCGAACAUUCACAACCAAUUCAACUGUCUUGGCAUUUGCAGACUGGAUGUCCAGUCACAGAUCGAGGAGAAGAGGAAAGACUUCUGCCCGACAUUUCGCAGACUGAACGCCGCCAAGAAACUCUUGGAAGCCCAACGACAGCCGAAAGUGCAAGAGCCGCCGAAAGAGCACGAGUCGCCCGUCGGUAAGGUCCGCCGAAUCAAACGGCGGGAAUCAUUCUACUUAAUUGGGCCAAGUCCUAAUCGCCAUUGCUCAUGCAUCCUUUCUACCUACUGCUAACGUAGAUUGUCUUGGUAAACAAGGCCGUACCUAGACUGAAGAAAGGGGGAUGGGCAGUUGAAUUGGGUUUUUUUAAAGACUUUUAGUUGGAGAAAAUCCAUUAUUACUGUUGCCUAAUUACUUUUUCCUACCCCCACCCGGGCACCCCCAUGUCAUUUUAGGGUUGGUACGGCCCAAGUAAACCUAAUGUAAAUUCGGUUCACUAGUUCUGCUUGUAAAUCAAAAUAUUCAGUAAAUGAUGGAGAUAGGGUUGCAAAGACGUAGGCGUCGGAACAUGGCAGAAGCUGGGGGCGCGGUGGUGUGGGGAACGAUGUUAAUUCACAUUUCAACUGAGCAGCAACACGUACAUUGUAGUCACCACAGCGUUUAGAGUUAUAGAUUGUAAUUUGUUUGUUAUGUUCUGUAUCGUAUGGAGUAUUACGUUAUAUUUACUAGUACAUGAAUUACGGUAGUUAAAGAUCAUGGAACCACUUUUUCCGAAGGAAAAAAACAACAUGGUUGUAUUUAAUAAACAAAAACAAAAUCUGAUAGACCACGUUGCUUACAGACUCGUUUCGGUGAAUGCUUAAUAAAUGAGAUCGCAGAUUUA